UCCUUCUUGCUCUGCCCCAUUGUUAACAAUCUUCGUAAUCGAUUUGUGUAUUAUCGUGCUUACCAGAAGGUUUUUGUUUAUUAUAUUUUUAUUUGCUUGCAAGCCAUUAUGCAUGAAGAGAAAAGCGACCGUGUAGCAAUCAGCGACUAUGACACGGCAGUGCUUAAUAGAGUUUUCAAUCCUGAAAAUCCGCACAACACUACCGAAGAUAUUGAAAUAAUUAACUCGAAUGAAGAACCUAAAAUAUUGACUGCUUUUGAGCAAGAAGCUAAGUCUUGGGAGGUUCGAGGAGUUCAGGAAGCUGAAGAUGGAAACCUAGAUUCUUCAAUUCACAUGUUUACUCAGGCUAUACAACUUGCUCCGCAAUUGUCUUCUGGUUAUAAUAAUCGAGCCCAAGCACUCCGUUUGAAGGGUGAUAUACAAGGGGCUUUAGAGGAUCUAGAUAAAGCCAUUGAGCUGAAUACUGGUAACAGUGCUGUCUGUAAAGCUGUUGUUCAACGUGCAAUACUUAGACGUUACAAAGGUGAUGAUAAAGGAGCUCUUGAAGAUUUUAAGAGUGCUGCAAGCAGAGGAAGUGCAUUUGCGCAACAGAUGCUAAUUGCGUUGAACCCAUAUGCUGCUCUGUGUAACCAAAUGUUGUGUGAGGUUAUCAAUAAGUUAAAGGCUGGAAAUAUUGAAGAAUCCAUUUAAAUAUUUAAUUAUUUUUGCUGUUUAGUACUUGGUUAACCCUGACCCAGCAAUUCUAUGAUGUUUCAUCUAUGACUACCUUCUUUUUUCUAAUUCAGACUUAAUUACCUAAUUAUAUCUUCUUUGGUGUUGUAGUUUGGCUUCAGUUUUGUCUUGAUUCAGCAAGUCUAUGAUUAAAAAUAUUCUGGCCAUGAU